GAAAUGAUGAAGGGCAAAACAGGAAAAUAGCAUAACAGUUUUCAGACCUUCGCUCCAGGCUCCAGCUGCUGCAGGUUCUUGCAGUGGGCCUCCAGAACCAAAACCACUAAACCCUUGGUAAAUCUCAAUCCAUUUCUAAUCUUCAGCAUUGGCUCUCUCCAUCUCUCCACGGUCUCUAUUUUCCUCUAAGAGAUUUAAUCUAUUGAAAAUGGCGGUAACUGCAGCCUCUUGCCUGCAAUUGGCAACGACAGGGCCCUACUUUUCCUCCUCUUGUAGAGCUGUCAAGGUGGGUGCCACUGUUAUUGGUGCUAACUCUAAGGAAGCAUCAUGGACUAAGCUUGCUAGUGUUUCUUAUAUAUCCUCCGUACAACCUUUCAGACGACAGAAUUUCAUGUCAUGCUCAGUUAAAUUCAAUAGGAUUUCCACAAAAGCAAUGUCUGAUUCUAGUGAAAGUAAGAGAGUGCCUGGACUGCCAAUUGAUUUGAAAGGUAAACGGGCUUUUAUUGCUGGUGUUGCUGAUGACAAUGGUUAUGGUUGGGCAAUAGCAAAAUCUCUUGCUGCUGCAGGUGCUGAAAUUCUGGUUGGAACAUGGGUGCCUGCUUUGAAUAUUUUUGAAACCAGCUUGCGACGAGGAAAGUUUGAUGAAUCACGAGUGUUGCCAGAUGGUUCUUUGAUGCAGAUCACCAAAAUGUAUCCCCUUGAUGCAGUGUAUGACAGCCCUGAUGAUGUGCCUGAAGAUUUGAAAACAAAUAAGCGUUAUGCUGGAUUGUCUAAUUGGACUGUUCAGGAAGCCGCUGAAUCUGUCCAACAGGAUUUUGGCACUAUUGACAUCCUUGUGCAUUCACUUGCUAAUGGGCCAGAGGUCAGUAAACCUCUAUUGGAGACAUCAAGGAAAGGGUAUCUUGCAGCUGUGUCUGCAUCAAGCUACUCGUAUGUUUCUUUGCUCAAGCAUUUCCUACCAAUAAUGAAUCCAGGUGGUUCUUCAAUUUCUCUUACAUACAUUGCUUCUGAGAGGAUCAUUCCAGGAUAUGGAGGAGGUAUGAGUUCUGCCAAAGCUGCACUUGAGAGUGACACAAGAGUACUUGCUUUUGAAGCAGGAAGGAAACACAAAAUUAGAGUCAACACUAUAUCUGCUUGUCCACUAAGAAGCCGAGCUGCAAAAGCAAUUGGAUUUAUUGAUACAAUGAUUGAGUACUCAUUAGCCAAUGCUCCACUGCAAAAGGAACUAUCUGCAGAUGAAGUGGGGAACACUGCUGCCUUCUUAGCAUCACCUCUGGCUUCUGCCAUCACUGGCGCUCUUAUAUAUGUUGACAAUGGCCUCAAUGCAAUGGGCAUUGGCCUUGACAGUCCAAUAUUGAAAGACCUCGAUAUCCCAAAAGACAGGCACUAGAGAUAACUGCAGGUGGGUUCAUAGUGAGUAAAGUUGAGCUUUAGUUAGUGCUGUCAUUUUCCCUUCCUUGAUCCUUUAUCCCUUCAUUGGCGUUGCUCUAACAGGGCAUGGCCAGCGGCACCUAUUUUUUUCAUGAGAUUUUGUCUUAAUUAGGGACCAUUGAACAUGCUGAUUAAUCUGAAUCAAAAUUUAUCUUAAGUGGACAACAUACCUUUAUGGUAAUGAUUAUAACCUUAAUUUGUCCUCA